AUGGUAACGUUCAAGAGUUCUGAUGGAGAAACAUUUGAUGUUGAAAAAUCCGUUGCUCUUCAAUCUCAAACCAUCAAACAUGUGAUCGAAGAUGAUUGUUCUGAUAACGGAAUACCUUUACCCAAUGUAACAUGCAAGAUUUUGACUUGCCAGACAGUUGCUGAUAUGAUCAAGGGAAAGACACCAGAGGAGAUCCGCAAGACAUUCAACAUCAAGAAUGACUUCACCCCUGAGGAAGAGGAGGAGGUCAGAAGGGAAAACCAGUGGGCUUUUGAAUGA